UGGAAUGGGCGAAAGGCUUGAGUCAAUACUCAUGUUUAAAUCCUCGCCAUAGUACGCUGGGAUUUGGAGCUCGCCAUAGUACGCUGGGAUUUGGAGCUCUCAAAGCGGACAGGAAAGUUAUAAGUACCAGAAGUAGAAAUUUUCAUGCCAGGGUUGCGAGUGGAGAAUCUCAAGUGGGGGAAGUGGAUAGCAAAGUCGAGGAGAGCGUUCUGGUGCUAAAGGCCGCUGCCAAGAGCAAGAAAAUCCCAGCUCCAGAGGUGUUUGCGGCAUUUAGAGUUUUGGAGAAAGCCCGCGUGGAUCCAUCCAAUUUUCUAGAGACUUUGGGAGGAAGUAGUGGAGCUGAGCCAAGGUGCUGGAUGCUUGUCUUCAUUUGUGGAGCCAAAGCGGUGAGAGAAGCUUUGAAAGGUGGUGGUGGAGGUGGCACAUACUUCCCAUUCACCGCUGUGCAGCAAUACAAUGCCACUACAAAGAGCAUACUAAACGGGCUCUACCUCGGCCCUCUUGGUGUGCUAGAAUUCAUGGGACGCUUCUCAUGGUCCAAGAACAAGCUCUUCUUCAUCUUCGAUUCCCUGAGCGUCAAGGUUGGGCCUCUCGGCCCCUUCCAAUUCGCGAUCAGCAAGAAAGAAGAGCUGGAUCGAGAGCCCGGGAACAAAGAUCCUUUCUUCAUCUGGUUCUACGCGGACGAAGAAAUCGUCGUUGGAAAGGGGUCAGGAGGAGGCAUUUUUCUGAGGGUGCGUUGCAAUCGAAGAGUUUGAACCUCAGCCGCUAGAUCAGAAACUGCAAAUCUCAGGCGUUGGUUUUAAUCGCAUCGUGGCCGUCUGUUUUGAACCUGGCAUCGACGGCCAUGAUGGGCGGGAGACGGACGGCCAAGAUAUGCGGAGGAAGAAUCCUAAACCUGGGUUUUGAAGCUGAAGAACCCUAAGAAAAAGAGCGGGGUGGAGGAAUGCUCGAGGCGAGCGCGUUGCCAGGUAUGGAUGUGGAUCCACAGCCACAGCCAGCGCAGUCGUACCAGGCAGUGCGCCUGGCGCUGGCCGUUGCGAUCGUCAAGUCCCGCGGCGGGGCGGAUCGCGGUGGCAUUGCGGCCAAGAAGCGGCUCAAGGAUGAAAUUUCGCUGCUCCGGAGCGAGAUCGAGAGGUUGCGCUCCAGCUCCGCGGAGCCGCUGGUGCCGCGCGUCCUGUGCAAGUGCUUCACGGAUUCUUCCACUCCGCCUCCUCGCCGGCAGCGAAAUAUCCUGGCGCAACCGGAGUUCCACGAGGAAUCUGUCGCUCGCCUCAUGGACUGCGUCCGAUUCCUCAAUGGCUGCAAGAAACGCCGCCUCCUCGAUGCCGGCAACCAAGAACAGGACGAAGAGAGGGCUCGUCGUUUGACGGAGAUGGCGAAUCUCAUCGUCGAGCUCGUGUCAAGUACGAACGUCCAGCUUUUCUCCGUGUGGCUCCACCAGGCUGUGGAUUUCUUUGAGAGCUGCGUCUCCAGCAUUGGCGGCGAGAGAUUCUCCACGGCGGCCCAGAGCGCCACGAAGAGAUUGGUUGGGAGCCUCGUCGGCAAGGUGAUGAGCUUCACGGACUCGGCAGAGAAAUCCAAGGACGAGGCUCUCAAGCUCGAUCACAGGCCUUUCAUCGAGAAGGUCCUCCUCCACCUCGCCGAAGUUCCUUGUAUCGGCCACAGGAUCCUGACCGACGUAUCUGGCCAGCUCGCAGUCAUCGCCGAGGCGCUGUCGCAGGCGAGAGAUCCAUUCGCGGAGGAGACCACCCAGCUGCUCGAGAAUUCCUACUUUCUUCUCGAGCUCAUCUCGAAGGUGCUGGAUUUUCCCUUCACUGGCUGGCUGGAAAAGUCGAAGCUGGAUCCCGACUUGCUGGAAGAAUUCGUGGCGGAGUUCUUCCGGACCAAGGAGGCCACGCUCCGAUCCAACCGGCUAAACUUCCUCUUCGUCGCCUACACAGAUCGGAUCUGUGCUCAGGUGGUGAAGCAGCUCCACUCGGUCUCGUCAAGUCCACAGUGCAAGGACGUGAAGCUGCAAAAGAUCGUCGCCAGCUCUCUCCAGCGUCUCCUGGAUCUGGCCUCGUUGAGCUUCCACAGUGCGAAGCGAUCGAACCAAUGAAGCAUCGCAGCCUUUCUCACGUAACUCCCACGAUUUUGAUUCCUAGUAAAAGCGAUCGAAUACCAUUGUUUCUUCACGAUCUCGUCAGCAUUGGGUAAGCGUCUCUAUUCUUUCAUCUCCAAUACAGUUGUUCUUUUAUUUGUCUAGGACGAAUAGCAACUGUUUUCACUUUGAAUCCAGACAGGUCUGUAUCAAGGUUGAACUAGGGUUUGCAUUGUCACUCUAUUGCCUAGUGUACAUAUCAAAGGAAUUGCAAUAUCAGUUGCAAUAUUUGGUAUGCUCAA